AUGACACGGUUCAACCAAUCACAGGCCAUCCUUCAACAGCGAGACGCCGUGUCGUCGACAGUGGUGAUUCUCCUGAUGGACCUGGAUGACCAGCUGACCGUCCUAGCUGCCGCCUCUUCACUGUCCAUGACAAAAAGCCACGCCUUCUUCACCUUCAGCAAAACCCCGUACAACGUUAAAUCCCUGAGUCUGAUUGGCUUAGACAGCACGGUGACGUCACAGCCACGGUUCAUCAACGACAGCAACGCCGUGAAUAUCAACAUAUUCGAAAGCGUCUUCGUCAUAGCUGCGUCAUUUCCGGUAGAUUAUACUAAAAAUAGCUCAGUUCCGGUGAUAGACCGGGCGAAACGACCUCAAACUCUUUUUGUUCACACUCACGUGCCUCUAUCUCAGUCCAACUUUUUCUCUCUCGCGCAGGCGCGAGACGCCGGGACUCGGCCGUCUAGUGACGUCACCCCGGCUUCUGUGUUGGUAAAAUCGGAAAAUAAAAACCCUAAUUCCGGGGAUGUCCGCUAUGAUAAACAAAACACUAGAAAUCAGGAAGAGCUUGCGAACAGGGGCAAUAACCAGCCUCUCUUCUUCGCCAGUGAAAUUUCGGGAUUAUCUGAUUCAUUUCCAGGGGCGAUAAUUCACGAUCCCGACAAAGAAGAGUUACCGCCCCGCCGGAAAAGAGACUUGGAGUCUUUUAAAUUAACAGACGUGGACAUUGAAGCGGUGUAUGACAUGGUGUACCUCGUCGCCUACUCCUCCUACAGGUUCCUCUCCUUCACCGGAAACACCUCCAUCCCAACCUCCCACGACCUCAUAAGAAUUGUCAAAGAUCUCAACUUUUCGGGAAGUUCCGGAACCUACCUUUUAGACGCCAGCCAGAAACUGAGUUUCGACUUCGGGGUUUAUGAUUUCAACUCGACUUCCGGUGUCCUGGAGAACCGCAUCUUCUUCGAGGCCACGUCGAGUGUGUCUUGGGAGAGGAAGACACUGCAGGCGAUCACCUGGCCUGGCAGGUAUAUACUGGCAGCUGACGAAUGCUACAAGCAGGUUCCGAAUUGUAAUGAAGGACUCAAGAGCUCGUACAUCGCUGCCAUCGUCUUGUCGGCCCUUAUCGUUAUCGUCGGUGCUAUUAUCGUCAGCGUCAUAAUCAGGGGAAAUGUUCUUUUGAAUUUAGUUUUGAACAUUAUUUGCCAAUCUAUUUAUUUGAUUAGUAGGCGGUAUUGGGCGAACAAAGAAAUGAUCAAAGGCCCGAACAAAGUGAUUCUUAAUGCGGAGGAUUUAGUGUUUGUUUUGAGGAAAGACAUAGGCAAGGGAUCCAGGAUCCUCAAGUCACGUGCUACCCUACUGGACAAGGACAACGCCCCAGAUUUGAUUCGAGGUUCGGAUCCCAACCGCUCCAUGGCCAGCAUCAACGAGCUCAGUGACUAUACGGAGACCGCAAGAUAUAAUGGUGACCUUGUGCAUGUUAAGGAACUUGACAUCAAAGGUUUUGAGAUGAGAAACAAACUACUCACCUUCAUACGCCUGUGUCGAGACUUGCGCCACGAGAACUUGAACCCCUACGUGGGUUUCCUGGCCGACCCGAUCCGCCCCUGUAUAGUGAUGGAGUACUGCAGCAGGGGGAGCCUCAAUGAUAUCAUCCACAACGAGGACUUCAAACUGGACUGGGACUUCAAGCUCUCGCUCCUCACUGACCUCGUUAGGGGCAUUCGAUACCUCCACUCAUCCCCCCUCAAGUUCCACGGUCACAUGACGUCGAAAAAUUGCGUCAUUGACAGCCGAUUCGUGCUCAAAAUUACAGAUUACGGCGUUUCCGGUAUCAUGGAGAGAUGCAAGGCGGUGCAACAGUUCGAGUCUCGAGAUUUGUUGUGGUCUGCGCCAGAGCUUCUGAGGGAUAGCGCUCUGCUACAGAGGGGGACGGACAAGGGGGACCUGUACGCCAUGUCCAUCAUAUUCCAAGAGGUGGCAUUGAGAACUGAGCCCUAUAGCACUACAGGUCUCACACCUGAUGAGAUCGUGAAAAAGCUGAAAAAGCCCCCUCCACUGAUACGACCCAGCGUGACGCCCCAGGCCGCCCCUCCCCAGUUUAUCCAGAUCAUGAAGCAAUGCUGGUCGGAAAUGCCGGAAAUGAGACCGCACAUCGACGAGGUCUACGACCAGUUCAAGAAACUAACCGGAGGAAAGAAAGCCAAUAUCGUGGACACGAUGUUCAAGAUGCUGGAGAAAUAUUCCACAGACCUGGAGGACAUUGUAGCCGAGAGGACCAUGCAACUGGAGGAGGAGAAGAAGAAAACUGACCAGCUGCUCUUCCGGAUGCUACCUCCCACCGUCGCGGAGAGCCUGAAAAUCGGGAGAACAGUGGAGGCCGAGUGUUUUGAUGAGGUCACCAUCUACUUCUCCGACAUCGUCGGCUUCACCACCAUCUCCGCCAUGUCCACACCCAUGCAGGUCGUUGACCUUUUGAAUGACCUCUACACGAUGUUUGACGCGACCAUCAACAACCACGACGUGUAUAAGGUGGAGACAAUCGGCGAUGCGUACAUGGUGGUGAGUGGUCUGCCCAUCAGGAACGGUAACCGUCACGCAGGGGAGAUAGGCACGCUGGCUCUGGUCCUGUUGAGUCAGUGCGGCAAGUUCACAAUCAGGCACAUGCCCCAGGUUCCACUCCGUCUCAGGAUAGGUCUGCAUACAGGUUCGUGUGUAGCUGGGGUAGUUGGUCUAACUAUGCCACGGUUCUGUUUAUUCGGUGACACGGUCAACACAGCUUCAAGAAUGGAGUCCACGGGCGCAGCUUUCAGGAUUCACAUCUCAGAGACAUGUAAGAUGGCGCUAGACGUGCUGGGAGGUUAUAAGACAGAGUACAGAGGUCAAACGGAGUUAAAGGGUAAAGGCAUGCACAACACAUACUGGCUUGUGGGGAAAGAAGGAUUUGAUAAAGAACUCCCGGAACCGCCAGCGCUUGUCGGCGAUAACACGCAUGGGCUUGAUUCGAUUCUGGGUGACCUCAAACUUGACCUUAAGACUGGCGUGAACUUGGCGAUUCCUGAGAUUAUUGGCAAGUCUAGUUCCGCACCGAAUUUAAUGGCGUCCAAUCCUAACCAUAGCCCGGAUGACAAGUCUGACGUCACCGAGAUGCUGGACUUAUCACAGACUAGCAUUCCGACUUUAGACGAGCUUCAUCGGAACUCAUGCACUCAAGCUAAAAAUAGAAACACGAGCAUCGUCACUGUUGACAUCAACAUGACGAACGAAACUCCGCGGUUGCCCAAUGACGUCAGCGAUGCCGUGACGGACGGAGCGGCGGUGCCGGCGUUGAAGAACAGCCACAGCGAGAGUGACGACAGCGGGUUCGGAUCCGAGAGGAAACAUUCCCACGGCAGCGAUACGUACGUGGUCGGGCCCGGCAACGACAAGAUGAAGCGGACGAACCACAGCAAGAACGCCGUCGUGUCGUCGUCGGAUGUCUCCUUACACACGAACUACUCGCUGUUGGUGGACUUCGGGGACGAGCUGACCCCCGUCACGGAGGUCUGAAGGAUGGUCAUGUGACCCCCGUCACGGAGGUCUGAAGGAUGGUCAUGUGACCCCCGUCACGGAGGUCUGA